CUGCGUGGCCUUUUCUGCUUCAACUUGCUGCGUUCACUCGUGUUUCCUGGCUUCAACUCUUUCGCAAAGAAAAACCUGAAAAGUAUUUUUUUUUCUGUUACAAAUCACACUGGACUGGAGUCAGGUAUUAUAUCUACAUCUUCAGUUAGAUUCUAACUGAAGCCAGGUCGCAGACAUUUUGUUUUACUAUUACUUAGUCUAAGUUGGUUUGUGUGAGUUUGUGAAAGAGGGAAGAGGAGUCGGAUUGGGUUUGUCUGCAUGAGUUUUUGAGUUGGAAAAAGAGCAGAAUGAUCGCGGCUCAGCUACUGGCCUAUUACUUCACAGAGCUGAAGGAUGACCAAGUUAAAAAGAUUGAUAAGUACCUGUACUCCAUGCGCUUCUCUGAUGAGACGCUGCUGGACAUCACCAAGCGCUUCAGAAUGGAGCUGGUCAACGGGCUGGGCGGUGACACCAACGCCACCGCCUCGCUAAAGAUGCUCCCAACGUUUGUGCGGUCGAUCCCGGAUGGAACAGAGAAAGGAGAUUUCAUUGCUUUGGAUCUGGGAGGCAGUAACUUCAGAAUCCUGCGUGUCAAAGUCAGCCAUGAGAAAAAACAGACGGUCCAGAUGGAGAGUGAGGUCUACGACACGCCAGAGGAUAUCAUUCACGGCAGCGGAACAAGACUGUUCGACCAUGUGGCCGAGUGUCUAGGCGACUUCAUGGAGAAACAUGACAUCAAAGACAAGAGACUCCCAGUGGGUUUUACCUUCUCCUUCCCCUGCCAGCAGAACAAACUGGAUGAGGGCUAUCUGAUACAAUGGACGAAACGUUUCAAAGCCAGCGGGGUGGAAGGGAUGGAUGUUGUCCAGCUGCUCAACAAAGCCAUUAAGAAACGAGGAGACUACGAGGCCGAUAUCAUGGCAGUAGUGAACGAUACCGUAGGAACAAUGAUGACCUGCGGUUUUGAUGACCAGCGCUGUGAAGUUGGCAUUAUCAUCGGUACUGGCACCAACGCCUGCUACAUGGAGGAGCUGCGUCACAUCGACCUGGUGGAGGGAGACGAGGGCCGCAUGUGCGUCAACACUGAGUGGGGGGGAUUUGGAGACGACGGCCGGCUGGAGGACCUCAGGACGGAGUUUGAUAGAGAGAUAGACAGAGGUUCUCUCAACCCCGGCAGCCAGCUUUUUGAGAAGAUGGUCAGUGGGAUGUACAUGGGGGAGCUGGUUCGCCUCAUCCUGGUAAAGAUGGCCCGAGAGGGGCUGCUGUUUGAGGGGAGAAUCACCCCUGAGCUGCUUACUAGGGGCACAUUUGAGACCAAACAUGUUUCAGCAAUAGAGAAGAGUAAGGAAGGUUUAAUCAAGGCAAAAGAUAUCUUAAGUCGACUUGGCGUGGAACCUUCAGCAGACGACUGCGUCGCUGUACAACACGUUUGUGCCAUUGUCUCCCACCGCUCUGCUAACCUGGUAGCUGCUGCCCUGGCUGGCAUCCUGUUGAGAAUGAAGGACAACAGAGGAUUGACACGACUCCGAACCACUGUGGGCAUUGAUGGGUCUCUGUACAAGAUGCACCCACAAUACGCUCGUCGCCUCCAUAAGACCGUCAGACGUUUGGUUCCCGACUGCGACGUCCGCUUCCUUCUAUCAGAGAGUGGCAGUGGGAAAGGCGCUGCCAUGGUGACAGCAGUCGCCUACAGACUCGCCGAUCAAUCCAGACAAAUCGCCAAGAUACUGUCCGAGUUCCGCCUGACGACCGAGCAGCUGCUCGAGGUGAAAAAGAGGAUGAAGACAGAGAUCGAAAACGGUCUUUCAAAGAGUACACAGGACACUGCCACGGUCAAAAUGCUGCCUACGUUUGUCCGCCGCACCCCUGACGGCUCAGAAAAUGGGGAUUUCCUUGCUUUGGACUUGGGUGGAACCAACUUUCGGGUUCUGAUGGUCAAGAUUCGCUCUGGGAAGAAGAGAUCGGUGGAGAUGCACAACAAGAUUUACGCUAUUCCUUUGGAGGUGAUGCAGGGAACAGGAGAGGAGCUGUUUGAUCACAUAGUACAUUGCAUCAGUGACUUCCUGGACUACAUGGGGAUGAAGAACGCACGUCUUCCUCUGGGCUUCACCUUCUCCUUCCCAUGCCGACAGACGAGCCUUGAUGCUGGCAUCUUGGUGACUUGGACCAAGGGCUUCAAGGCGACAGACUGUGAGGGAGAAGAUGUUGUCGGACUGCUGAGGGAAGCCAUUAAGAGAAGAGAGGAGUUUGACCUAGAUGUGGUGGCUGUCGUCAACGACACAGUGGGAACCAUGAUGACCUGUGCCUACGAAGAGCCCACCUGUGAGAUUGGACUCAUUGCUGGAACUGGCAGCAACGCCUGCUACAUGGAGGAGAUGAAGAACAUUGAGACGGUCGAGGGCGAUGAGGGACGCAUGUGUGUCAACAUGGAGUGGGGGGCUUUCGGGGACAACGGAUGCCUGGACGACUUUAGGACAGAGUAUGAUAACAUGGUGGACGAGCUCUCUCUGAAUCCAGGGAAACAAAGAUAUGAGAAGAUGAUCAGCGGCAUGUACCUCGGAGAGAUUGUGAGGAACAUCCUCAUAGACAUGACCAAAAAGGGAUUCCUAUUCAGAGGCCAGAUUUCUGAAACACUGAAGACCAGAGGCAUCUUUGAAACAAAGUUCCUUUCACAGAUAGAGAGUGACAGAUUGGCCUUGCUGCAAGUGAGAUCCAUCUUGCAACACUUAGGACUGGACAGCACAUGUGACGACAGUAUCAUCGUCAAAGAGGUAUGUGGAACAGUGUCGCGGCGUGCCGCUCAGCUGUGCGGGGCAGGGAUGGCAGCUGUUGUGGAUAAGAUAAGAGAGAAUCGCGGACUGGACCAUUUGGACAUCACUGUGGGGGUGGACGGGACGUUGUACAAAUUACAUCCACAUUUCUCGCGGGACAUGCAUCAGACUGUCAAGGAACUGGCCCCUAAAUGCACCGUCAACUUCCUGCUAUCUGAGGACGGCAGUGGCAAAGGAGCGGCUCUCAUCACAGCCGUGGGCUGUCGGCUUAGGGAAGAGCUCAACAGUAAAUAA